CAACUAAUGGCGAACGCUCUCGACUGCCAGAGCUCAAAAGGAGCGGGUCAAUAAAUUAUGUUAAUCAGUUAGGACAGAUUGGAGGCGUGUUGUUGCCGUAAUGAGGGGGAGCAUGCCUGCACCGUGGAAAAGCUUUUCGCUCCGAGUGGUAACGCUGUCUCCACUACAUGCGCGCUGCCUUCUAUUUCCCCAGCCUCUCUUUCUACUUUAUUGUGCAUAAUAGCAAUUUCCUCCGCAGUAGCACUGCUGUGCAAGGCUCGGUGCAACAAGUUUGCAGGAGCCACAACACGCCGUCAGACAGGUUGACUUGCUUUUUGGCUGGAGCGGAGUGGAGCGCCACUCAUCUAUCUGUCGCUGUCACCACAAAGUCACUGGACGUGAACGCCGCGUCGCAGGCAUACACACACACACACACAUACACACAGAUACAUACACACACGCACACAGAGAGAAGAGUGUGCCAUAAAUUCGUGACUCCGCGCCAGAUGCAGUUUGCUUCCAACAGCGCGUGUAGUUGUAGUUAAAUGGAGAUCGCGGAGGCAAGAGGAGCAUCUAAGUGCGUGGAAAAAAUGGAGAAAGAAGUGGCGCCUCAGAAGCGACAAUAUUACCGCACAACAGUGCUGAACAUAAUCUCGUCUUUAUGUUCAGUGGCGUCCGUCGCCUUUUGCAUUCUUCUGAGCAUUAACGCAGCUGAUAUUAAGAACCGGGUUGUGGAUUUGGAGAGUGGGAAUGGCGAGCACACCUUUCUCCGCGUCCCCGGCUACUCCAUGGAUGAUUUUAAUUCAUUGAUUGAGCAAAGAGUGGAUGAGCUGCUCUCUCAGCGCUCCUAUGAGAAUUUUGUCAAGAUCCGGACUGCCAGACAAGCAUCACCUGAAUGCAACUGCCCCCCAGGACCUCCGGGAAAGCGAGGAAGAAGAGGACGCAAUGGAGAACCUGGACCUCCUGGCCCUCCUGGUCCGAAGGGUGAAAAGGGGGAUCAAGGCGACCAGGGACCACGGAUGGUCUUCCCUAAGAUCAAUCAUGGCUUUCUUUCCGCUGACCAGCAGCUCAUAAAGCGGCGGCUCAUUAAGGGAGAUCAAGGGCAAGCAGGACCACCUGGGCCUCCUGGGCCACCGGGCCCUCCUGGGCCAAGGGGGCCUCCAGGGGACACUGGGAAAGAUGGGCCCAGAGGAGUCCCUGGUCUACCAGGUGAUCCAGGGGAGCCUGGAGAAACAGGACCGACGGGGCCUGAGGGUCCAGAAGGGCAGAAGGGUUCAUUCGGCCUUCCAGGUGUUCCAGGUGUUGACGGGCUGAAGGGGGAUGUUGGCAUCCCAGGAUUGGACGGUAUCCCCGGAGCCAAGGGUGAAAUGGGAGAGCGAGGUGAAAAGGGCGAUAUGGGUGAAGAAGGGCCGAAAGGUGAUAUGGGAGAGAAGGGAGAUGCAGGCUCCUCUGCAGCAGGCAUCAAGGGUGAACCUGGAGAGCCUGGACGAAGUGGACAUAAGGGAGAGCCAGGACUUCCAGGGCUGCCUGGACUCCCAGGGAUAAAGGGUGAGCCUGGAUUCCUCGGUCCCCAGGGAGAACCAGGGCUUCCAGGACUCCCAGGAACUAAGGGUGAGAGAGGCGACCAUGGGCCACCAGGAAAGGGUGAAAGAGGAGAAAUUGGACCCCUUGGACCAAAGGGUUCACAAGGAGAGGCCGGUACACCUGGUCCUAAAGGGUCAAAGGGGGAGACUGGUGAUAAAGGAGACUUGGGAUCUAUUGGCCCGAAGGGCCCCCCUGGGCAGAAAGGAGACCAAGGAGCCACUGAAAUCAUUGACUACAAUGGAAACAUUCAGGAGGCUUUACAGAAGAUUACCACUAUUACAGUAACGGGUCCUCCUGGACCUCCUGGGCCAAUUGGACCAGAGGGUGUAAAGGGCGAUCGUGGCAUGCCUGGUCUCCCUGGACUCGAUGGUGAAAGAGGCUACAAAGGUUCCAAAGGAGACAUGGGAAUGCCUGGAGCUUCAGGGGACAAAGGAGGAACUGGUUUACCCGGCCUACCUGGUGUCAAUGGGGUAAAAGGAGACAAAGGAGAUUCAGGUUUACCUGGCCCUCAAGGUCCUUCAAUCAGCGGCCCCCCAGGACCACUAGGGCCCCAUGGACCCCCAGGACCCAUGGGCCCCCAUGGUUUUCCUGGACCAAAGGGAGAACCUGGUUUGCAUGGUGUAAAGGGUAUCCGAGGGGAACCAGGACACAAAGGGGACCGUGGACCACUUGGUCUCCCUGGAGCCUCCGGCUUGGACGGCAAGCCCGGAUUUAGGGGCACGGAUGGGCCUUCAGGUCCAGCUGGUCCAGCUGGGCCAAAGGGUGACAUGGGUGAGAGAGGACUUCAAGGCGAGCCAGGACCAAGAGGACCCUAUGGGCUACCUGGAGCUGCCGGAACACCAGGCUUGGAUGGGUUGCCAGGCUUAAGGGGAGAGAAGGGCGACGAUGGGGAAAGAGGAGAAAAGGGGGAGAAGGGAAAGAAGGGCAAAAAAGGGCCUAAGGGCGAGAAAGGAGAACAGGGUGCCCCUGGAUUAGAUGCACCCUGCCCAUUGGGCCCAGAUGGAUUACCAAUGCCUGGUUGCUGGCAGAAGUGAUCACUCUAACCCGAAACGCAUGGAGUUUGUAAAUAAUGCUUCUUUUUUGGUAUUUAUAGUUUUUUUUAAUGGAUAAAAAAAAGUCUAAAAGAAAAGAAGUCUAUGUGUACAAUGCUACAAAAAGAGAUAACCGUCCCGAGUUUCACGCCCUACGCUGCUUCUACUCACAUCACCGUGUGGAAAAAAAACAAAAAAAACAUGUGUGUCCGCCCUCUCACAUCCACAUCGUGGUGGAGUUCAGAUCCUUGGCUGGCGCCAGAACUUGUCUCUGUAGUCUUUGCAUGGCUCAGACUGGAGCAUCGCAGCCCGGCCAGAUUCACAAGGGUGGAAAGGAGACGAGAGGAGGAGGAGGAGGAGGAGGAAGUGGAGCAGUGGGGAUCUGGACUGGCUCUCUAACACCAAACGCUAGGUGUUUUGUGUUGUUUUGUCUCAACAAGAUCACCACCCAUUCAUGCAGCACCAUUUUAUAAAAGACAAAAAAAAUAAUAGAAAAAGGACUGUGCCAAACAGAACAUUGCACCCCUGACCCUGCAAAAGCAUGAGUAGUAUACUGAAACUAUAUUUAUAUGUAUUGUACAUAAAUGUCACUGUUUUGUGGUUGCGUCAUGGCUUCUACAGAAAAGAAACACUAACAAAAAAACAACAACAACAACAACAACCCCAGAGCUCUGAAUUAGUAAUUUUUUGCUUUCCUUUAAUCUUCCCAAGGGAGUCACACCAUGGCUGGUAGCCUGAAAAUCCCCAGAAAGCUGUUAAAGCUGUUGGUUAUUGUUGCUUUAUUGUGGUGAUGCCUGCAAAGAGGGUAUGAUAUCAGCAGGUUUUCACUGUUGCACUCACUUGGCUCAGCAUCAUCAUCAUCAAUAAGUGUGGUGCCUCCCAACAGCCACACGUCUCCGGACAAGAGGGGAGAACUUAGCAGGCUGGCUGCACUGACAGGAAAACAAAUCAGGCUCACGUGGAUUUGAGAUCGCCGGCCUGCUCUGGGACCCCCUUUGAACACAGGCAUGGUUUCUGCAGGAGAGACGCCAAGAGUCUCAUCGAUCUCCAUCGAGAUCAGCUGGAGCAUCUGCCUCUCCUGACAGGCAACGCGUCAUGGUCUACUGAGAGCGUUAACAGAAUGCAAUCAUGUUUCUUUUUUCUUUAUUUUGUUUCUGCUCUCAUUUUUUUUAAUCGUUUGUAUUUUGUGUAUUAUAGCCUUUGGUGCCUCAAGCUUUUAUUCAUUCCUUUAUCAUAAAUGUACAACUUUAUAUCAUAUUUUGAAUUACUGGAAUGGUGUUUGUUUCAGAAGAGUAAGCUUUGUUUGGUGGGAAAAAAAAAAAGUUGUGAGAGUAUUGAAAGACACACAUUGCGCACUGUUUUUCAUAUGAAUUGUUUUCACAGGAUGUUGAAAUGGCAUGUAGGUUAUAGCUUCACCUGAGCAUACAGUAAGACUACAUCCAUCAUGACUGUACAGCCUCUGAUCUUACUCAUGGUUGUGAUGAAGCUCGGUGUUUGUGCAAAACACAUCCAGCAUUGUAACAAAUAUGCUACUUGUUCAUUCUUGACUUGUUGUAUGGGAUGUUAAUUGUACAGUGUUGUCAAUUCACUGCAUGUACACAAUUUAUUACUUAUGGAUUUCUUAAAUGUUGAAAAUAAGCAUUGAUUUGAGCAAGUGUAUGAGAAACUUAAAGCAUUGUUUCAGGGUUGGGGUUCAGAUUUAUCUGAGUUUAUAUUUCGAUUAAGGCAGAUUACGUUGAACAGAACAAUCUUAGAUGCAUCACACUGCUCUUUUACACCUCAUGUAUUGUCUUAAACAUAUGGAAAACAUGUAUUACAGCGCAAGAAAAGCGACACAGUUAAUUGGUAAACUUCCAUUAAUACACCACAGUCAAACCGGUGGCCAGUUAUGUCACAUUCCAUAUCAGAUGGAGCAAAAAGUGGAGCAGGAGGUCACCAUAGUUUAUUCAUCUUUUCAUGUUUCUUAUAUUCAUAUUGCCUUCUGACAUAGUGGGUGCUAUGCAAGGUGAUACUCUGUACUUCUUUUUUUUUUUUUUUUUAAAUAUGCAUGAAUGAUUUACUGUAAGGGCCGAUGUGAAAAACCAACAUUUUGUUGUGAUGUAACAGCAACCACAGGUGGACUGGAGAUUUGUUCCCAUAUGGUUUCUGUUUGAUUGUACAGUUGAUCUCAUCGUUACAGAAAAUGGAUGCACAUCUGUAUAGACUAUAAUGGUGCUAUCUGAUAGUAGGUCAACAGCAGCUCAGUUGAUUCACUCUACCAGUGGCAAGAACUACACAACAGGUUUCUUUAUUGUUGUUGGGGUUUUAUGUAUGUAACAAUUAAGUUUUUUUUUUGUGUGCAUAUAUUUGUGUAUUUGUCUCAGUAUUUUAAGUGAUACAUUAUUUAUUUUUCUAUAAUUUCUUAAAUGAAGGCAUUUUGGUUUUAAACAGCAUUCCUUUCAGUUGCUUUUGAUAUCAGUUCCCGCUGCGUCACUGUUGAUAUUAUGAAGAAUUUUGAAUCAUGCUAAGGCAUCACAGAAUAGUUAUGCAGUGUGGGGGUAGGUGGACAUUUACAAAUUACAGACCAGUGUGUAUUCACUUUCAUUCAUCUUAUAGGCCUUACAAUGGAAUACAUCUGCUUUUAUUUAAUUUUGUGUGUCAAAAAGCUAACUAUGACAACAGCGUACUGAUAAGCCUGAUUGACAGGCAGACUGCAUCAAAGUUAAAUAAUGCAGCUUUUUCUCACACUUUCUCUUUUCUCUGUCUCUCUUUACAUUGAAUGUAGUUUGAUAUAUGUAUAGUGGAUUAUUAAUGUACUGUUAAAAUGUGUGCUCAUUUGACAAGAAGUGCAAUUUAUACUUUGGUUAAUGUGCGUAGCAUCAAAUGUAGCUGAAACGUCACAUCAUUGUGAUUUCUAGAGCUCCAUUUGCUCAGUCAUGCUACCCUGUAUACCACUACCUGGAAAGAAAAUGUUUAUUUACCAGAAAAGAAAGAAAAGAAACAAAACUAUAAACAUGGACCUUUCAUUAAAUAUCAGUUUUUGAUUGGUUUAAAUAUUUCCUCAAAUACUGUUCCUCUACUCAUGUUUUUCCAUUACUUAAUAUUUACUAAUCUUUGCGUUGAGUUUUUUUAUUUUUUUUUAUUUUGUGUUUUGAUUUCCAGCCUUUGUUACAGUAUUUGUUGUCAUAAAUUGCUGUAUCUUUAGCAUGUGCAGCUAAUUUUUUAAUUGAUUUUUUUAUUUGAUUGAUUUUUUUUGUUUGUUUGUUUGUUUGUUUGAUUGUUGUUUCCUUAUUAAAGUGUCAAAUCGUUUAUUCUGCUGUUAGCAGAAGUGCCAAAACAUUUCAAACAUUUGAUUUCCAUAUUAGUAUUAGAGCUGGUGAGGGGCUCCAAAAUGACUCACUGAUAGGCCACAUGUGUGUAUUUGUCAUUAUUGCAGAAAUUCUGAGUCAUGUUUUGCUCUUUUAAAACGGUAGCAUACACCCAUGAGAACAUUUCACUCAUCAAAGCCUCUCAGAUUAAAAGUGCUGGAGUAGGAUAUUUGACAAAGUCACAGUCUGCAUUAUGCUGAGAUCAACACAUCUGAACCCUCCCAUGCACCACAGCCUUACUGAAAUACGUAUAUUGCUACAUACUCAACAGAAUAAAAUGCAGCCUUGCUACAAGAGCAAAAAA